GUGCAACAUUGGUGGGCAGGGAUGCUGACACAAACCAGUUCCUGAGCUGUGGCUCCACUCACAGCUCUCCUCACCACCUCCUAGCCCCACAUCACAGCGCUCUUGUUUUUUUUCAUCACUAGCCUCAGAGCCUUUGUUCUCCUGUGACACUCAGUCGGUCUCAGUCUGACAGAGUGCAGCCCCAUCCUCAGACAUGACGCAGGAUCCCACAGCCUUUUGGGGGAGCUGUGAAGAAGAGAAAAGAAAGCGAUCUCAGGAGGUGAUAUAUUGUAAAGGAUAGAGAACUGACUGAUUUGCAAGCUUUAGCAUGCUUUUUUCUUCUUCAGCCAUGACCUUGUAAUCGUCUUUGGAUCAAUUUCUGAGAUUUACUGAGAAUUUUAACACUUCCAGGGACACCAGCCUUGAACAAUGAGCCUAGUGACACACUGGUCACUCCAUAUAGGGUCCUGGGCAGGUGCUAGCAGGUGAGGCUAGUUGCUGCUUCUCUGAAUACUCACCCAUCUGCUCUGCGAUGCAGGUGCCGGUGUGACCACACAGGACUUUGGCAGCUCCCCAGGAUUGACCCCUUGGAGGAGUGAUCAUCCUGGAGGCAAGCUGUUUUGCAGCCCUGCAGUCACUGAUGCUAGCCCCUGACAUCCUCCAUCACUGCCUCUUCUCCAGAGUCACGUAUAAACCAAAACUUUUCUCUGUAAGGACAGGAUGGAGGUUCACAGCCUGAAUGUUGAACUGGGACAGGAAGUGGGUCCAGGUCCCAGGAGAAGCCUUCAGCCAGAGGUGAGCCUGGCCAUUGCGUCCAAAACCACUCACCCCUGUGCUCACAAUGCAGGUGCUGGCAUGACUGUCCAGGACUUCUGCAGCUCGCCAGGUGACCUCCCAGCUCCUGAGCUGUUCCUGAAUGUGAUCAGCGCUCAGGAGGGAGAACUGGUUUUGGCUCACUGCUCCAUGGGUGGGGAGUUUCCCGCUACCCAAAUCAUUUUCUGCAAGGAUGGGAUGGAGGUGUACAGCCUGAAAGCCGUACGGGGACAACUGAGUUACUCCAUUGCCCUGAAGGCCUCCCAGGAGAGCACGGGGAGGUACACGUGUGGGUACCAGCACAAGGAUGGGAGCAACCGGGUGAGAAGCUCUUCCCUCAGUGCUCCCCGGGACCUGGCAGUCGCAGGCACUGCCACCACUCCCAGCACCAGCCCCCAGGAAAAGCCAUCGCCCGGAGCACCCACAACAGGCAUCGCACUGGGCGUGGUGGCUGCCUCCCUCCUCCUGCUCCUGCCUCCAGCAACGUAUUUCACCGUGAAGAAAUUUGCCUGUAAAGAGAGAAACCAAAGGCAACAAGAUGUGCCCAGCCACGCGGAGGACACGACCGACUAUGGCCAGAUGCACUAUUCCACCAUCGCCCACUUUGGAGGUGGCAGGCCUCACCCGCUACAGAGGGACAACACCUCAACGUAUGCCAUCGUGAAUUACUCCCGCAUGCAGGCUGUGUAGCGUUCCAGCAUGGAAAAUGCGCGGCGAGGGUGGCUGCUGCUUGCAUUUUCUCCCUCACUGCGAGAGUCCCCGUGGUGGUGAAAGGGGGCUGGCAUGUCCAGUCCAGGCUUAUCUGGGGUUUGCUGUUUCAGGGAAGGGCUGUCUGUCAGUAGCCAGGCGGCAGUUCCUUAUUGAUGCUCCCAGCUCCCCAUCUGACAAUGUUCUCCACCUUUCCCUUUCCAAGCUCAUUUCCACUCCCCAGCCAUACUGGGCUUUACAGACAUCCGCACAGACUCCAGCAUGUUUCUUCCCAUUGCAAAAACCUACCGUGGGCCACUCCUCGGGCAUGCUUUCUGCUUCUUGCCAGGGAAUCGCUCACGCUCAGCUGUGGGGGACAUUGCCUGACCGCAGACCCUGUCCAUGCAAACAUAUCCACAUGCAGCCACGCACAGCAUCUCCCCCAUGCCCAGCCCUUUCCACACAUACACGACAUGUAUUCUGAACGACUUUUACCAAAAGGAAAUAUGUGAGUAUUCAUAUGGUUUUGGAAAUAUAUAUUUUAGAGUACCUCAAGUGAUGAUAUCUGCAUCUUCCUGUGCGUAUAAUAUGUAGACAUGAAGUGCAUGAUAGAUCUGUCCAUGUGGUCUUCUCUCUACCCACACAGAUGCAUGUAGGUUUACACAGGUAUAUAGACAUAGGGGUGAGUCUGUGUGUGUUUGUGUGUAUAUUUGCACAAUAAUGACAUUUUGUUUGCUUAAAUGAAGAAUAAACAUGU